UUCACAGCUUCCAAUCACAAAGCUAAUUUAUAAGUUUCUAUUCUUAGUUCUUGACAUCAUAUCACCAAUACAUUGCAAUAUUUUCAAAAUGAUAAGUAUUUCUAACAACUCUUUUGCAGCCAUUAAUGCUGCUAUGUUUUCUCUUCUCUUUAUAUUCUCUAGCAUGCAAUGCCAUGCACAACUUUCUUCCACAUUCUAUGAUCGCACUUGCCCUAAUGCUCUCAACACCAUUCGUACAAGUGUUAGACAAGCAGUGUCACGUGAACGUCGUAUGGCUGCAUCUCUCAUUCGCCUUCAUUUCCAUGAUUGCUUUGUUCAGGGUUGUGAUGCUUCUAUCUUACUUGAUGAAACUCCUACUAUUGUUAGUGAGAAGACUGCCUUGCCAAAUCUUGGGUCAGUUAGAGGCUAUGGUAUUAUAGAAGAUGCAAAACAAGAGCUUGAAAAAACAUGUCCAGGAAUUGUAUCAUGUGCAGACAUACUUGCAGUUGCCGCUAGAGAUGCAUCAACUCUUGUUGGAGGUCCAUCAUGGGCAGUGAAACUCGGAAGAAGAGAUUCAACAACUGCAAGUCAUACACUUGCAGAAACUGAUCUUCCUGGUCCAUUUGAUCCUCUUAAUAGGCUUAUUUCUAGUUUUGCGAGCAAAGGCCUUAGCACAAGGGAUAUGGUUGCUUUAUCAGGAGCACAUUCAAUAGGCCAAGCACAAUGUUUCCUUUUUCGCGAUAGGAUUUAUGGCAAUGGAACAGACAUUGAUGCUGGAUUUGCUAGCACAAGAAGACGUCAAUGUCCUAAAGAAGACCAAAAUGGAAACCUAGCUCCACUUGAUUUGGUUACACCUAAUCAAUUGGAUAACAAUUAUUUCAAGAACUUGAGGCAAAGAAAAGGUCUUCUUCAAUCAGAUCAAGUCCUUCUUAGUGGUGGAUCUACUGAUGAUAUUGUUUCUGAAUAUAGUAACAGUCCUCGCGCAUUUGCCUCUGAUUUUGCUGCUGCUAUGAUUAGAAUGGGAGAUAUUAGUCCCCUAACUGGUCAAAAUGGGAUCAUAAGAACUGUCUGCGGCUCCCUAAAUUGAUCAUUCAAAAGCCUAUUACAUGUAUUUUGUAUUCAUUUGAUUCUUUGAUUCUCUAUGUAAUGUUUCAAGAAUGAAAUAAAAUGUUUGUUAUGGUUUAAGGAA